UUUCAGCACCUCAGAAUUUAGCCUAUUUUCCAACAAGGCAUAGGCCUAGGCCUAUCCAUAGGCCUAAUAUUAAAUGUGCUUUACAAAUCUUAAAUUGCUUUAACAUCUAUUUUAUAAUUGAAUGCAGGUGGCAGAAUUGUUCAAUUGUAUAGUAGGCCUACUGCACGGCUAUUUAUUUCGUGAUACGGAUUUUGCUGAGGGGUGGGUGGGCUAACUAGUUGACACUUCUGCCCAACUAGAUGGCGACAGAGCUUUCACUGGUAAUCGUUUCAAAUUAUGGCGAAGGAGAAGAAGAAUGCAACAUUAACACAUAGGGUGCAUCCCAAUAUGUGACCUUGCCUCCUCCACUUGUGCUUGUCUCCUCGUCCCGCCUCCUGGCCCCUCCUCCGUGGAGAAAACCAUAAAGUUUCCCAGCUGUCAGCCUCGCCACAACAACUUUUGAGGGACUGUUUUUCAUUCACCAUCCCAAUUGCAAAUGAGAAAAAGACUUUACAAUUGAGCUUUUGCAAGAUAUUGAAAUAUAAUGCUGUUGUCAGUGAUGUCAUCAUGACGAGAAGCAAGUGGAGGAGGCAAGUGGAGGAGGCAAGGUCUCAUAUUAAAACGCACUCAUAGACUGAGGAGUUUCUGGUUAGCCUAUGUAUUAUUGAUUUUAGUUAGGCUAGAUAGGUUAGGACACUGGUUCGGCAUGUUGCGUUCGUGUCUGGAGCUGACCUGUUGCACUAAAAGGUUAAUUUGUCACUAGCCAAGGAUGGACUUUGAACACAUAAAUAGUUGCUUACUUAGAUCUGGGCUCAAGGUAUAGGCUAAAUCGUUUGAGUAAACUAGGCCUACUAAAGAUACAUAGGAUUUAUUUUCCUCUACCGUCGUAUUCAUAUUCGAAAAGGAGGGUAGGCCUAGGCUAUUGCUGUGUGAAAUUGAUGCACAGUUGAGUGUCUUACCCCUGACGAUUUUACACAAUUGUGAAAAAAUCGAAAUUGCAGCCGUUGUAUCAACACGAGUGGGGUGAGAAAGUUGGAGGGAAAAUGCAACUGGUUAUCCGGCAGUUCCGGCCCAGUGAUGGAGAUGCCAUCAGGGCACUGUUUGCCGAUGGAAUUCAGGAGCACAUCAACCCCUCCUUCACCCACGCCAUGCGUCAGCCGCUUUACCUCGUCCUCACCCUCUUGUUGGGUGUAGCGGGGUACCUGCUGGGCGGCUGGCUCAUUGCCGUCUGCUUGGGUGCUCUUUGGCCUGGACUAGUCUACUGCUGCUGUUACAGGUUGUACGCUGGAUUUGUCAGGGCAAAAUUGCGCACGGACAUGAGAGACAUUCAGCGAAGCUACCUCAGCGACCCCGACAACACUUUCCUUGUGGCGGAGGCAGAUGUGAACGGGCGGCCUCGAUGUAUGGGAAUGGUUGCAGUGGAGGGGAAAACUGAGAGUGGAAGCGGGAGGCGAUACGGCGAGCUGUUCCGCAUGAUUGUGUCGUCGGAGUGUCGGCGCGCGGGUCUCGGAACCCGUCUGGCACACAGCGCCGUUGACUUCUGCAAAGAGCGCGGCUUCUUCAAAGUCGUGCUGCAGACGAGCUCCACACAGCGAAGCGCAGUGGCACUGUACUACAGGAUGGGCUUCACGCUGACGCACACUCACACCGACACAGAGGCACCGCAAUGGGUCACCAAACUCAUCAAGGUCACCCUGCUGAGGAUGGAAAAAAACUUUUAAACUACCUCACCACUGUCACAUCGCUGAGGAUGAUGAAAACCUUUUAACUUCACCACUGCCCGACAAAUCAUGCAGCCCAUUGUGUCGUCAUUUACUGAUUUGAGGCAUGGGUGUAGCAGCAAAUUGUGGGCCCUAUGUACAAUCAGCUUCAAUGGACCCCCCAGCCACAUAAAUGACACCGUUUGUGGGCCCCCUAAAUACUGUACAUGGGGCCCUGAUAAAUCAAUAA